GAGAUCAUCCUCCCCCGCGAACUUAAGCCCAACAACGCUCAUAACCGCAGGUAUGGAAACGAUAAAACCAAACGUAUCUCAACCAAAAAUAUAUUUGGCAUCUUCGCGGAAUGCCUAAUACAAAACGCGGAAUGCCUAAGACAGACGCGACUAAGAACAAAAACACAGAAACACAAACACGCACAAGCAAUAUCACUGACCAAUCCAAGAUCAAACCACCCAAUUUAUAUACAUGACAAUGUAAAUUAUCCUAAAUUACUUGAAGCUCUGAAAAUCAAAUAUAAUAACCGAUUCCAUGCGAAAUAUACAUCCGAAAAAUUAAAGAACUAUGUCGUCAAGAAAAAUAUACAGUUUCACACGUGCAUGGUUAGUAACGGAAAAUUUCUCACCGUGGUUCUAAAGGGGCUGAUAAAACUUUCUGAAAAAACCAUCAUUAGCAAUAUAAAAAGCCAAGGACUAAAUCCCCUAAAUUGCAAAUUGCUAUUUUCUUUGCGCCUGGAACAACUCUUGCAAAAGUUAACCAAGUUAGGUUCGUUGAAAACUUGA